GGACGGACGGGUGUGUGGAAUACAUCACGGACGCUCUCAGAUCUUCCAGCACGUGGAGAGACGGAGACAGACGGAAGCUGGAGGUCUGGAACACUGGACAUCCUCACCUCGUCGCUGUCAUUUGAUUUGCGUCAUCUGCACCUGAUUUGCUCGGCUGCAAGGAGGCACUGGAAGCUCCAUUCAUCACCACAGAGACAGCAGCACUUUGUCCAGACUCACCAGGCAGGCCUUCUUGCCAAGACAAGCAUCCAUUAGUGCAGAAACAUGGGUUCAGGAGGUCUGACAUUCAGCUGUUUGGUUUUGGCAACCCUGAUGACUCUAAAUCAUGCUGGCCUGGUAAAGAGGAUGAUCAGACACCGACGGGAAGCUCUGACGAUUCCCGGCAUACACAACGUAACCCUUCCAACCUCUUCCCAACCGGUCGUUUUUAACCACGUCUACAACAUCAAAGUUCCCAGUAGUUCUUUAUGCUUGGUGGAUCUGGACUCUCCCGCCGGUUCAGAUCUUGAACAGAAGGAUGCGCCAUCUGGCUCAGAAGUAACAGAUCACGCACUGGACAGCAGUAAUCAGAUCGUCUUCACCCACCGCAUCAACAUCCCCAAGCAGGCAUGCGGCUGUACGGAGGGACUGCCGGACCUGAAGGAGCUCCUGAAUCGGCUGGAGAUGUUGGAGGGCGAGGUGUCGACGCUCAGAGAGCAAUGCGCCACAGAAACCACCUGCUGCAGCGCUCAGGCCACAGGUGCUAUAGGAACUAAGCCCUACUGCAGCGGCCAUGGAAACUACAGCACGGACACCUGCGGCUGCAUCUGCGAGCCUGGAUGGAAGGGCCCCAACUGCACCGUUUCCGACUGUCCUGGAGACUGCAGCGACCAGGGCCGCUGCGUUAAUGGAAAGUGCGAGUGUUUCGAUGGCUUCACGGGUGAGGACUGCAGCGUGGAGACCUGUCCGGUUGACUGUGGUGAGAACGGCCGUUGCGUUAACGGAGUGUGCGUUUGCAGUGAAGGCUUCUCUGGAGAUGAUUGUACAGAGACGGAUUGCCUCAACAACUGUUUGGGACGCGGCCGCUGCGUUGAUAGUGAGUGUGUCUGCGACGAACCCUGGACCGGAUUUGAUUGCUCCGAGCUCAUCUGUCCGCAUGACUGCUAUGACCGCGGGCGAUGUGACAACGGGACUUGUUAUUGCGAUAAAGGCUUCACCGGAGAGGACUGCGGCGCGAUCACUUGUCCUAAUGACUGCUCAGGACGAGGUUUUUGCAUCGACGGCCGUUGCGUUUGCACCGCUGGCUACUCCGGCGAGGAUUGUUCCAGCUUGACCUGUCCGAAUGACUGCAACCAAAAAGGGCGCUGUUUCAAUGGCGUGUGCAUUUGCGAAAUGGGUUAUUUCGGAGAGGACUGCGGGAAGCUCUCCUGUCCGAAUAACUGCAACGGUAGAGGGCGCUGCAUCGACGGGCGCUGCGAUUGCGACGUUGGAUUCCAAGGCCACGAUUGUUCGGAGUUUAGCUGCCCCAAUGACUGCAACAACCGCGGGCGCUGCGUUAACGGUCAGUGCGUUUGCGAAGAGGGAUUUGGCGGUGAGGACUGCAGCAUCAAAACCUGCCCGUCAGACUGCUACGGCCGAGGCCAGUGCGUGGACGGGAAGUGUGUUUGCUUCGCAGACUUCACCGGCGAAGACUGCAGUGAAUUGAGCUGUCCGAGCAACUGCCUGAACCGUGGACGCUGCGUCGCGGGACAAUGCGUUUGUGACGAAGGCUUCACCGGAGAGGACUGUGGUCAGAUGAAGUGUCCCAACGACUGUCUCGGCCGUGGACGCUGCGUGGAGGGACAGUGCAUUUGCCAGGAGGGUUUUGAGGGCCUGGAUUGCUCCGUUCCCACCUGUCCUGGAAACUGCAAUAACCGCGGACGCUGCGUCAAUGGGAAAUGUGUGUGCGACGAGGGAUUCGUUGGAGAUGGCUGUGGAGAAAGAAGCUGUCCGAAUGACUGUAAUGGUGCGGGGCAAUGUGUGGACGGCAGCUGCGUCUGCGAUGAAGGCCACAUUGGCGAGGAUUGCUCAGAAGUCUCACCACCGGAAGACCUGACCAUCACGGAUGUGACCACGGAGAAGGUGAACCUCACAUGGAAGAACGAGAUGCUGGUGACAGAGUAUUUGGUUACGUACGUCCCGACGUCACCAGGCGGCCUGUGGCUGGACUUCCGUGUGCCUGGAGAUCAUACGUCUGCUACCGUCUCUGAGCUGGAGCCAGGAAUCGAGUAUCUCAUCAAUGUUUAUGCCGUCCUCAACAACAAGAAGAGCGUUCCUGUCAGUGCCAGAGUAGCCACAUAUCUACCGCAGCCCGAGGGCCUGAAGUUUAAAUCCAUCAGUGAUACAUCUGUGGAGGUUUUGUGGGACCAGCUGAACUUUCCAUUCGACGACUGGGAGCUCAUCUUCCGUAACACGAAGGAAGAAAAUGGGAAGAUAGUGAACAAUGUGACACCUACCCAGACCAACUUUGAGCAACCGGGACUCGGCCCGGGACAGGAAUAUGAAGUGACUUUGUCGGUCAUAAAGAACAACACCAGAGGACCCGGAACAAGCUCGACUGUAGUAACAAGAAUCGAUUCUCCAGGGCAGAUUGAUGUUGGCGAUGUGACAGACCGGUCUGCAGUGAUCUCCUGGUCCAGGCCCGUGGCUGAGGUGGACGGGUUCAGGGUAUCGUACGGGCCGAGCACAGACCCGUUAGUCCAUCGAGAUGUCGACCUCCUGGCCACAGACACACAGUACAGCCUGGAAGACCUAAAACCUGACACUGAAUACAGAGUGUCUCUCAGUUCAAAGAGGGGAGACGUGACCAGCGAGCCCAUCUUUGAGAGUUUCACCACGGGUCUGGAUGCCCCCACUGACCUCAAAGCUGUUGAUCAGACUGACAGCAGCAUCACACUGGAAUGGAAAAACAGCCGCUCAUCCAUCGACGGAUACCGUAUCAAAUACGGCCCGAUCGCAGGAGGAGCUCAUGGUGAAGACAUGUUCCCUAGAAGAGCUGGAGACACGACAUGGGCCACGAUUACAGGCCUGAAGCCUGGAACGGAAUACGGCAUUGGAGUCACAGCUGUUCAGAAUGAAAGAGAGAGUGAGCCAGCUACCACCAACGCACUGACCGAUCUGGAUCCGCCACGAGACCUGGAAGUGCGAGACUCCACCGAAACCACCCUGGAACUGGUCUGGAAGAGGCCCAGGGCCAAGAUCUCCACCUACAGGCUAGCGUUCGUCUCUGCCGAUGGCCGACGGGAAGAAGUCGAGCUGACUGUUACCGCAACCACCUACACCCUGAGCGGCUUGAGCCCUGGCAUACGCUACACCGUCACCCUCGUGGCAGAACGUGGGCGGAGAAGAAGUGCUCCUGCCACCGUCGCUGCCUCCACAGCAUCUUUUACUUUUUAUCUAGCAAACACAUUUCCUGAGCUCGGUUCAGCCAAAGGCACUGAUGACAAUGUCAUUAGCUUUGUGUCUCUCGACAACUCAGAGAUCCCAUUCUCUGGGAGCGGAUACGAGGAUCCCACUGGCACCUUGACCGUGUCUAAUGUCACAUCUGAAGGAUUUGAUCUUGCGUGGGAGUCAAAUAAACACAUUGGCUAUGAUAGUUACACUGUAGAACUUAAAGAUUUCUCAGGGAAAUGGAAAGAGGAGGUUCAUCUCCAUGGGGAGGUGAACGACACUAAAAUCCGUGGCCUAAAGGCUUCCACAGAGUACCAAGUAAGGCUUUAUGGAAUAUCCAAUAACCAAAGAUCUUCACUACUAGAAGCAGUUGCAGUUACAGCACCAAAGUCUACCUCUCCUGAUGUUGUUGCUUUGACCUUCAAAAGUGUUUCAACAACGCUACCAAGCCUCCAUAAGGAGGUUCAGCCAUCAGUCUCUACCUCCACUCUUUUAACAGAGGAUUUUAAAGCUGAAGCCUCAGGUGAUGAACUUGAGGGCCCGAAUCAAGGGCCUCCGGGUGACCUAAACGUCACUGAUGUGAGCAGGAAUAGUUUGAGACUGACUUGGUCGGCUCCUGAUGGAGCCUUCGAUAGCUUCAUUGUUGAGUUGAACUCAACAUCAAAUAAGUCCAAAGACAGUGUUAUUGAAGUGUCUGCAGAAGCCAGGCAGGUCCAUGUAGAUGGACUGAACCCUGACACGCUUUAUGAGAUUACGUUGUAUGGGAUGAAGGAGGGCGAGAAAUCCCAACCAGUCAAUGUUCACAUCAAGACAGAGGAGCAGAGGCCGCAGAUUGGCAGUCUGAGUGUGUCUGAUGUAUCUUGGGAUAGCUUCAAUGUGUCCUGGACCAUUGAGGAUGGCUCUGCCUUUGACAGUUUUGUGAUUGAAGUGGCAAAUUCAGCAGGUCCAGAAAAACAGAACCUUUCGGUAUCUGGUGAUGCACGUAGUUUAUGGAUGUCUGGGCUCAGUCCCGACACGUCCUAUAUAAUUACAUUAUACGGAGUGCAUCAGGGCUCGAUCCUGGGGUCGAUCUACACUCAAGCAGCUACAGAUAGCGCUCCAGUGGUUGGCAAUCUGUAUGUUUCUAAUAUUACAUCAGAGAGCUUCUCCAUUUCAUGGAAUGACACGAGAGGAGAUAUUGAGAGGUUUAUCCUGGAGAUUAUAGACUCUAGCUGGCAGCGGGAGCCAGUCGAAUAUAAUCUUUCACAAAGCACGCAGUCGUAUGAAAUCACUGGGCUAUGGCCGACUACUGACUAUAUAGCUUACCUCACUGGAGUCGUGAAGGGAAGGAGAACAGACUCCGUCAGUGCUGUCGCCUCCACAGCGGCCGAGCCUGACUUGUCUGGGCUAGUUGUUUCAAACAUUACCUCAGACACAGUGUCGCUCUCCUGGCGGACGGGAGAGAAGGCGUUUGAUAAUUUUAUAGUCGAGGUGAGAGAGUCUGCUUUGCCCACGCAGGCGACGGGGCGCACCUUGCCCGCAGGUGUUCGCUCCACGGUGCUGACCGGCCUCAGAGGAGACACACGCUAUCAGAUCAAGCUGUACGCCACCUUUGGUGGCACAAACACAGCUGCCCUGACAACUGUAGUAACCACAGAGCCGAAGCCUAAAUUGGGCCCCAUUGUGGUGUCUGAAAGACGGCCGAAUAGCUUGACGCUGUCCUGGAGCACACUCUCAGGUCACUUCGAUGACUUUGCUGCUCGUGUCACUGACCGUGAGCAGCUGUAUGAUGUUGUAGAGCUCAGGCUGUCAGGCGCAGAGAGGAACGUUACCGUCUCGGGUCUUAUGGACUCUACGGUAUAUGACAUAGUGUUUUAUGGUUUGUCUCGUGGCCGUCAAACUCCAGCAGUUUACUUCAAUACCAGUACAGCCUCAUUACCUAGAGUGGAAAAGCUCACAGUUUCGGAUAUUACCCCGUACGGAUUUCGGGUGUCCUGGGUGGCAGAUUCCUCUGAGGGCUUCGGGCAUUUUCAGGUAAAGGUGCUGGACUCUGGCCAGCUGCUGGAGCCGCAAGAGUUCGUAGUGCCGGGGAACCAGACCGUACUGGAUGUUUUGGGCCUGAUCACUGGCAUUGGCUAUGAGGUCAGUGUGACCGGGGUGUCAGGGAAUGGGUUACAGUCUCGUCCAAUCACCACAGUGGCUGUUACAGAGGCAGAACCAGAGAUCGAGCACCUUUUCGUGUCGGACGUCACCCCUGAGAGUUUCCGGCUGGCCUGGACGGCAGAAGACGACGUCUUUGAUCGAUUCGUGCUCAAAGUUAGAGAUUCGAGAAAGCUCUCCCACCCUCGAGAGUUCGUUGUGCCGGGCCAUGAAAGAACCAAAGUUCUAACGCAGCUUUUGGGGGGAACUGAGUAUGAAAUUGAGCUUUACGGUGUCACGCUGGAACAUCGCUCCCAACCCGUUACUGCUGUUGCCAGAACAGGCCUUGGAGCUCUACGGGACCUUCAUUUCUCUGAUAUCACGUACACAGCAGCUGUGGUUUCCUGGACUGUACCGCGACCCCAGCCAGACUCCUACAGAAUCACUUACGUCCCAGUCCAAGGAGGUACUCCUGUGAUCCUGACGGUGGACGGGUCACAGUCUCAGGUUUCCCUGACGAAUCUGAUUCCCGGAGAGACGUAUCAGAUGUCGCUCGUUGCAGUGAAAGGUUUGGAGGAGAGCGAACCAGUGUCCGACACUUUUACAACAGCCCUGGAUACGCCACGCAGCCUGACUGCUGUCAAUGUCACUGACACAAAGGCGCUGUUGCUGUGGCAACCUGCCGUGGCGACCGUGGAUGGAUAUGUGAUCACAUACAGCGCAGACACUGUGCCACCGAUAUCAGAGCAGGUUUCUGGAAACACGGUGGAGUUUGAGAUGAGCUCACUGGUUCCAGGAACUCAAUACACUGUCAAUGUUUACGCCAUCAGAAACCGAGAGAAAAGCGCUCCAGCAACCACAGACUUCACCACAGAUGUGGACGCUCUGCGUGAUCUGGUUGCCAGUAAUAUUCAGACAGACAGCGCGGUUCUCACCUGGACGCCGCCACGGGCCGCCAUCACCGGAUAUAUCCUGACCUUUCAAGCGUCUGACGGCGAUGUCAGGGAGCUGAAUCUAGAGCCGUCUGCGACCUCACACAGUCUGUCUGAUCUGAGUAGCAGCACUGAAUACACAGUCAGACUGCAGGCCGUCGCUGAGGACAAGAGGAGCACACAGAUCAGCACCGUCUUCACCACAGUUGGCAUGCGCUACAAGAAUGCAAAGGACUGCUCAGAAGCUCUGAUGAAUGGAGAGACGUCCUCCGGGCCGUACACCAUUUACAUCAGCGGAGACGAGAAGCAGCCGGUCCAGGUUUACUGUGACAUGAGCACUGACGGCGGUGGCUGGAUGGUGUUCCUACGGCGUCAGAGCGGCAAGAUGGAUUUCUACAGGAACUGGAGGAACUACUCUGCAGGAUUCGGUGACACGAACGAUGAGUUCUGGCUCGGACUUUCAAACCUUCACAAAAUCACCUCAGCCGGUCAGUACGAGUUGCGCGUGGACCUGCAGGACGGACAGGAGAGUGUGUUUGCUGUCUACGAUAAAUUUUUCAUCGCAGAUCCUCGUUCCCGCUACAAGAUCCAGAUUGGUGCAUACAGUGGUACCGCAGGUGAUUCCUUGUCGUAUCACCAGAACAGGCCUUUCUCCACCUAUGACAAUGACAAUGACAUUGCCGUCACCAACUGCGCCCUGUCCUACAAGGGAGCGUUCUGGUAUAAAAACUGCCAUCGAGUGAACCUGAUGGGGAAAUAUGGAGACAGCAGUCACAGCAAAGGCAUCAAUUGGUUCCACUGGAAAGGCCACGAGCAUUCGAUUCCAUUCGCGGAGAUGAAGAUCCGGCCAGUAAAUUUCAGAAACUUGGAAGGCAGACGGAAAAGAUCAUAGACUUUAAAUGUCCCUCUUUCUCUUUUCUCCAAAAUGCCACACGUCUCUCGUCAAUUAGAUUUAAUUCAGUUAGAACUCCUGAGUGAAACAUUUCUAGCCAUUUGAACUCUGCCUUCCAUGUCAACAUUGAAAUACAACAACCAAAUACUGUUCCAUUAGACCUUUGAUAUAUAGGUUUUAAACGGCCGUGACUGGUGGAGGGUUUUACAUAAACUUGCUAAAAACAGGCACGUGAAAUGUGAUAUUUGAAUCAUGGUACAAGAUCUUCCUAUAACAAACAUCCAUUUUCAGAGUGAUUCAAGGAAAUAUUCAAUGACCUUGUAUAGUUUUUGUUCAGAAGAGGAAGUGUCUUCGAGAGCAGUGAUGUCAUUUCCUCAACUGAAUCAUUACCACGCUCAGGUCUGAUAUACAGUAGCCAGGAUGGUGCAAAUAAGUGUUCAAUUUGUCAGUUUUCAAAAUUAAAGAAGCAAAUUUCAAUGUGAUUGUUUUCUGAAAGGAUUGUAUGACAAGCCAGUUUGCUUACUGAUGUAUUAUUGAUCAUUUGUUUUGAAAUUUAUUUUUAUAAUGUUUUCUUUUCCCCCAUAGAGUCCUCAGUAUCUAUAAUCCCUAAAAAGUGUUGAUUAAACUUUAUCUCUUCUCCUGGAAUGUGUCUAAAAUUGAUCUUCAACAAAAUAGGAAAUAAAAAUGUAAUUUUUAA